UCCGAAAUAUUGCAUAACGUUUAACCAAGAUGCCUGCGCGCUCACGGUUUUAGCAAAAGCUCGAGUUCGUCAUUUCAGGAGUGUUCAUGGCUGCUCGGGCUUUUUCCGUGCUAGUGUGACAGGCGCUUCCUCGCGUGCUUGUGGUUAGUCGGAUAGGCAGCCCUCUCUCCCUCCGUUCAUAAUGAGACGGAUAGUGUUAUUGUCAUUUACAUCGACAUAAAUUAGUUUUAGUACCGUCGUAAAAAUCGUAAGAUAAACAUCAUAGUCAUGCUCUGUUGUAUACAAUACGAAUGUAAGCCCAGAUGGAUGCAAACAAUAGCCAACUAAAGAAUAUCAGUCCACAAUGUCAGAAACAGUGAAGUACAUGGAUGACGAACACAAGACCAUCUUCCUGAAAAUACUAAAUGAGCAACGGUUGGAGGGUGAACACUGCGACAUUGCAGUGGUCGUUGAAGACGUAAAGUUCAGGGCCCACCGCUGCGUGUUAGCGGCGUGCAGCAACUACUUCAAAAAGCUGUUCAAGAAACAUGAAGUCGACAACUCCUCAGUCAUAGAAAUUGACUUCAUCCGCUCAGACAUCUUCGAGGAGGUGUUGAACUACAUGUACACAGCCAAGAUUACUGUGAAGAAAAAGGAUGUGAAUUUGCUGAUGUCUUCGGGCCAGAUACUCGGAAUCCGAUUUCUGGACAAACUCUGUUCACAGAAGCGUGAUAUGUCCACUGAAGAAAAUAAUGUCCAUAAUGCCAAACCAUUUCCCUAUGAUAUUGUCAAAAUGGCUCUCCCUACUGAUGACCCUACAUUGGGCCAGGAGAACGACGUGCAGGUGCUAGGUGACCAUGAUGACACUCCCACUGACGACCUUGUGGAAGAGCCGACGGCCAAUCACGACUUGGACAAAUCGCCAAACACGGCGUUGAGAGUGCAGGAGGCCAUUCUCAAAGAGCUGGCCAAUGAGGACGUGCACAAGGUGAGCUGCUACGACCAGGACGUGGAGCCCAUGGACACGGAGCCAAAAGACCUGGCGGGUCACGCCACCACCACACUGACGUUCGCUGACAGCAUCGGCGAGGUGAAGGACGAGCAGCCCCCUGGGUGGUCCACAUCCACGACGGACAUGAAGUUCGAGUACCUCCUCUACGGCCACCGCGAACAGCUCGCCUGCCAGAUCUGUGGAAAGACCUUCAUCGACGAGAACCGUUUGAGGAAACACGAAAAGCUGCACUCGGCAGAACGUCCAUUCAUCUGUGAGAUCUGCAGCAAAGCCUUCACUACACAGGCCCACCUAAAGGAGCACCUGAAGAUCCACACAGGCUUCAAGCCCUACCGCUGCGAUGUAUGUGGCAAGUCCUUCAUUCGAGCACCCGACCUUAAAAAGCACGAGCGGGUCCACAGCAACGAGCGUCCCUUCGGCUGCCAGAUGUGCGACAAGGCCUUCAAGCACAAGUCCCACCUGAAGGACCACGAGAGGCGCCACAGGGGCGAGAAGCCCUUCGUCUGCGGCUCGUGCACCAAGGCCUUUGCCAAAGCUUCGGAUCUAAAGAGACAUGAGAACAACAUGCACAGCGAGAGGAAGCAGAUGCCGCCCAGCUCCCUGCAAACUGAGACUGAACAGCUGCAGGCAGCAGCCAUGGCCGCUGAGGCCGAGCAACAACUGGAGUCCAUAGCGUGCUCAUAGCACACAACAUUUGUACCUCACUUGUCAUAGACAAUAUGAGAAGAAUCUGAGUUUUUCGAUUAUGUUUCAUUUUGUAUUUUCUUUCGGGAGGCCUAAAUACUCCAAUAAUUACAUAGAUUUGAUGUUGAGAAUUUUUCUUGAGGAUGUAGUGGAGUAAGAUCAGAUUUGAAUGCGUUCAUAUAUUUUCAGACUUAUUUCAUGUAAUUUAGGUUUUCUUGCACUGUUCUGUGGUAUGACAUCUUUUUCUUGAUUUAUAUUGUAAAUGGUUAAAAUAUUUUGUUUUGGUAGGAAUGAUCAUACCAAAUGUGUUUGUGUAAAUUUUAUGGCAGCCUUAUGGACAAAAAUGCUCUGACUACUGCCUCUACCUGGUUUUGGUUGUCAAUAUAUUAGUGCUGUUAUACAGUACUGGUUUUAUAAUGAAAACUGGAAAUAAAAUGUUUGAUUUGUAAAAUGUAUGAAAAAGAAUGGUUACAAACUACUACAUGUUUGACGGUUAAAUAUUCCAUUGUGUUACACACACACACACACACACACAACUCUUAGUGUAAUUGACAUGUACAUUUAGCACAUCAAAAUAUGUGUUGCUUUAAUAAAAAAUGCUACCCUCAACUGCCAACAAA